GUGAAAGUGAAAGGAGCUCCGUAAGUGAGGAAAGCACCGAGCAGGCGGACUCCCCCCCCCCUCCUCUCUUUCUCACACGCUCGCUCUCACUCACACACACACACACACAAACAAACCGCACAGGGAGACGGGCCACGGGUGUAGCUUGAAGGCAACAGCAGCUCAGCAGACACAGCCAUGGCCAACAUUGCGGUCCAAAGGAUCAAACGGGAGUUCAAAGAAGUUCUCAAAAGCGAAGAGACGAGUAAAAACCAGAUUAAAGUAGAUCUGGUGGAUGAGAACUUCACAGAGCUGAGGGGUGAAAUAGCAGGGCCUCCAGACACACCAUAUGAAGGUGGCAGAUAUCAACUUGAAAUAAAAAUCCCAGAAACCUAUCCUUUUAACCCACCAAAGGUGCGCUUCAUCACUAAGAUCUGGCAUCCUAAUAUCAGUUCUGUGACAGGAGCAAUAUGCUUGGAUAUUUUAAAAGACCAGUGUGGUGAAUCUGUCUCACCCUCUCUCAGGGCAGCUGCUAUGACCCUGAGGACAGUGCUGUUGUCUCUACAGGCUCUUCUCGCUGCAGCAGAACCAGAUGAUCCACAGGAUGCGGUAGUAGCAAACCAGUAUAAGCAGAACCCAGAAAUGUUCAAACAGACUGCAAGGCUGUGGUCGCACGUCUAUGCGGGUGCUCCCGUCUCUAGUCCCGACUAUACACGUAAAAUAGACAAACUCUGUGCCAUGGGCUUCGAUAAGAAUGCAGUAAUAGCGGCCUUGUCUUCAAAAUCCUGGGACGUGGAAACAGCGACGGAGCUGCUCCUCAGCAACUGAAGCCCAGCCAGGUGUGAGGAUCCAAAAACUCCCUUCAUCACAGUAUCAGCUCCUCCACCACUGCCUUUUGUGAAACAGACAACAAACACCCCGUUCACCACGGCAGUCUGAGCCUUCUUUUAUUACCAGUUUGUUUGCUACUAAGUCAACACCAGUAGCACUGCAGUUGCCAAUAUGCACAGCACCCUGUUGCCUGCCUGAUCCCAUCUAUCCAUUUUGCUGAGUCUUUUCUCCCACCAACUCAAUGUGUAUUUCAGUAUUAAGCCCCCCCCCAAAAAAAUUUCCACUCAUACAUCUGGUCUUCCAUGCCCUUUAAUCACAUUGGCUUUGAAUUUUUUUCCCCACAAAUUUCUUAAUAUUGUAAAGGAUCAAACAGCUGUGGAUUUUUCAGGGUAAAAUGUAAGGGAAAGCCUGCUGACUGCUUCCACACUACAAUUCCGUUUAUUCCUUCGGCAGCCGGUCGGACUGUGUGUGUUUCUCUGCUACAGACUUUUAGUACUGUAAAGAAAAAAAAAAGUCUUGCUGGAUUAAAUUUACUUGACUGGAUAGUGCUGUGCAUGAGCAGUGUAAUUUUUUUCCCCCCCUGAACAAGUUGUCAUUUAUGCCUCAAUACACUGCAGAAGUUUGGAUGUACAGGUUUUACUUUCUGUGUGUAAACUUAGAAUGAAAACACACACACACACCUUCCAACAUCUGCACACAUGCACACAAGAAAAAUAUCUGUAAAUAGAUCUGUGUAAAUUUGAAAAUACAAUGGGGAUAUACUUUUUUCUCACAUGGCAUUGUAAAACAGAUUAUUUUAAAUAUAAACUAUGCCUAGUUUACAAUUGUACGGAGAGAUAUCUUCAUGCUUUUGUAAUCCAUGAGAAGUCCCUCUGAAUGUGUUUUUCUUUUUUUUGUUUAAAAGGGUGGCACAGCCAAAAUCCUGGCCCUUGCGGCACAGGAGCUAAUAGCCAGCUCAGGCCUCUUGAAGGUCAUUUACAUGCCACCUUUUCUGCAAUCAUCUACAAUCUUUUUUUUUUUUUGCGUGUUUUAAUGUCCUUGCAUGUUGUUGCCUUUAUUUGAUUUGGCCAAAUGACGUGGUGGGUGUUUGUUCGGUUUUGCGUCCCCUCCUACACUCGUGGAUCUUGCAGGACUCAUUCUAAACAGACACCUGGAACCUCUGAUGGGGGGAAAAAGCCACCUAGCACCGCCCAGUUUGGUGUUACACCUGUAGGGAACCAAAGCCUUAUCUGUUUAUUUUACAGAUAUUUUGAUGGAAAGUGCAGACAUUUGUUUGGGACACUUUGAGAAGAAAUGAGUGAUUGUCAUUAAGGAUUUGGAUUUGCAGUGCUGUAUUUUAUAUUAUUUUGAAACCAUAGGCACAUCAUCAGCCACGGAUUGAGGAUCUGCUCAUUAAUCAUUAGAAGGUGGUACUGUACAGUUUAUUGCAGAUCCAGUCUAGCAGCAAAACUUUGGCCAUAUAUACAGGUAUAUAGGCAAUGUCCUAUAUUCCCAAACAUGCUUUACUACACAGCCAAAUAAAACACUCACUGAAGGUUGUCUUUGAAUUAUGUCUUAUUAGUAAAAGAGGCUGGAACUCCUCUGUUAUUCUAUGAAGUAAAAUAGCAGGCCUGGAAAGUAUUUUCACGUUUUUGAUUUGAGGUACAUGGACUGCAAAAACAUGCUUGGCAUAUGGAGAAGGGUGUGGAUGCAUCUUCACACGGAGCUGUUCUGUUUUUAAAGGAAUUAUCUUUUUUGCUUGACCUCCAGCUCAGUCCCUACCAGCACAGCGGCGUAUUACAGUGCAACAUGGAGUUAAUGUGCAGCCUUCUCUGCUCAGUGAAAACAAGUUCAUAGGCAGGUAGGAUGCACGUGCCAUCUCCCUUACUUGUAAAUAGCUGGGAUUGGUUGUUGAUAAAGAACCUUCUUGUUCUCACUAGAGUACACCAUUGAUGGCUGGAUCUAUUUUCUAAGAAAAAGACAAGGACAGAGCCCCCCCCCUGUCUUCCUGGUGUUCUCAUGAUGUACAAUAUUGCACGAUUACAAAGCAUAAAAAAGGGGCUGUUGCAUCUCAGUUUCUCCAUUUGGAUUGAGACUUAUUUUCCUUGUUCUUGGAAGCAAGCAUCUGCAGUAUAAAAAGCAUGGUUAUUUAUUGUGACAGUG